ACAAAAUGUUAGUGGGGAAAGUUAAUAGCUACGCCUAUUUAUGAAUAGUGAUUUAUUUAAUUACACUUAACGUUUGAAAUUGGAAAGAACCUGAAGUUAAGCCAAACGUCACCACACGAUUUACUGGAAAAGAGACGGCAGCUACAUAAUGGCUGUCUGCUGGAGAUGGAUCCAGGCACCAACUUGCAUGUCAGAAAGAAAAUGAAAAGAGAGAAAAAAGAGACUGAGUUGGACCAUGGGCCUACCAAGACUGAGGAUGACUAGAACAGGCUGUUUUGGACAGAAAAAUCAAAAUUCAAAAUUGUUUCUACAAACUGUCAUGUUGAUUAUUGUCAUUAUCAGAUACAAUAAAGCUUGAUUCAAACCAUAUUCAUGGGAUAAUUAGUAAUGGCUUGUAAGUUUUUGUUUUUCUUACUUUAUAUAUAUUGUAUAUUUUAUAUAUUUACUUAUUUAGCCUGGGAAAAGCAGCUUGGAAAAAACCCCAUCCUCAUCUUCUCUGUCCUCCAGCAGCAACACACUUGGUCAAACAUGGCAGGCCAUCAAAAAAUCUACUUGUUCCCACUCCACCUGUUCAAAAAACUAUUAAUCUGCUUCUGUCCAAUAAAAGGCUUGGCUCUCAUCGAGAAGCCAAUAGAAAGGCAUUACAGCUGUGAGACCCAGACCAAUCCCAGGCUGCAUUCUAAUGUGGCCUAUCUUUAUCAAGGUGCCACUCCAUUUCCAGAUGCUGCUUAUUUAUUAUUUCUGAGGACUGAGUCUGCAGGAGGCAUGUGUCUGUAGGAGAACAUCAAAAUCAGUGUCCAGAGGGCUCGACCGACACUUCAGACAUGGAGCUAUAAAAACAAACUGCUGCGGAUAAGUGCUGCAUGGCGCAUGUGAUAGCAACUUUGGCAGACUUCAGGGACUCUGGGGUUCAGACUUAUAUUUGUGCGGAGGGUGUGGUCCCAAAUUUAGAUAUUGUUGUGGUUGACAGAUUUUCCUUUUUGGCUGUCUGAGGUCUUCUCCCAUUUGGAUCUUAUUGGAUGAGUUGCUGAUACUUGGAGGCACAUGUAAAAUACCUCCCAUGGAUCCAAACAUCCAAGGGUCUUUCCUGUUCAACAACAGCCUGAACCAAUUCCCCUCAGACCUCAAGGCACCAGUGUGCCAGUACUCAGUGCCCAACUCUUUCUACAAGCUCAACCCAGGCCUUAACAGCCAGCUGCAGCCGGGGACGCCUCACGGUAUCAGUGACAUUCUGAGCCGCUCCAUGGUUGGGAUGGGCUCCACGGGCACUACUACCCUGCUUUCUGGAUAUUCCACCAUGGGGGGAUUUGGCCCCUCUGUAACCAGCACCUCCAUGUACUACAAUCGAGACUACAACGCCUCACUGGGUGGCUUCUCCAAGCCGGGGGCAGAGUGCCCGAUGAAGGGUCGCGGUGUGAGCUGCUGGGCAGAGAGCAGCUGCGACUGGAGAGGAGGAAGGCAGCAGUGCACCAACAGCAGUGGUCCUCUUGGGGAAAUGCCCAGCAGGAAGAAACACACCAGACCAACAUUUAGUGGACAUCAGAUAUUUGCUCUGGAGAAAACAUUUGAGCAGACCAAGUACUUGGCCGGCCCAGAAAGAGCAAGACUGGCUUAUUCUCUGGGGAUGACAGAAUCACAAGUUAAGGUUUGGUUUCAGAACCGGCGCACCAAGUGGAGGAAGAAGAGCGCGUCAGAGCCGAGCUCCACGCAGGCAAGCCACGCGGGGCAAAGCGGGGAGGCCUCGGAGAAUGAGGUGGAGGACGAGGAGUACAACAAACCCCUGGACCCCGACUCUGACGACGAUAAGAUCCGCCUGCUGCUGCGGAAGCACCGCAGGGCUUUCUCGGUCCUGCGCCUCGGGCCGCACCCCGUUUAACAAUUCACACAGAUUGAAAUCAAGGACACAUCUACACAUGCUGCUCGGCAGACCUGCAUGCUGUGAUAAAUAUAAAUAGUUUUAAACAAAACAAGUUUAAUCAGUAAAUCAGUCGCACAUGUGAGGAAGAAGUCAUCCAGAAGUGCAACAAAAGGACAAAUUUAUGGUUUACAUACAGACACGUGGAAUUACACCCUGCACAUAAUUUUGUACAAAAUGAGGAGGAAUCCGCAUGAUGCUGUUGGUGAUAGAAGAGAAAAAAAUAAGUCUUUCUGCUCUCUUUGCAUUUUAAAAUAAAAUUAAAAAAAGUCAGGGAUUAUUUGGAUUUUCAAUUUAAAUAAAAUUGAAAAGUGGCUCAGUAUGGGUAGGAUGACAUAAAGAAAAACAUGUUUUAUAUUCCACAUAACUCCACGCUAAAGAUACUGACACUGACAGGAAUUCAAAGUCUGCAAUUUGUUUCAAAGGCAGAAACAAAACUGAGUUUUAGGAUCUCCUCUUGUGCGUCACCUGCAUAUUACUGUGUAAAUAUGAACUGUGAUCUGCUGUUUGACUUGAGGUUGGUUAUAACAUGUCUAUAGCUUUGUUUUUCACUGUCUACUCUUGUCAUAGACU